AUGGCACGCAAAAGUCGAUAUCAGCGGGCGCUUUUUAUGCUCAGAAAAAUUGAGAGCAAUAAAAAAGAAGGCAAGGUCCAUGAACGAGACGAAGCCGUCGCUGUUAAAUGCCGCGCCAUUAUGGAGGAGUAUCUUCAUGAUGAAGGUCUGUGCCAGUCUGUUAUCACUGGCAAGAACGUCGGAGAUGGCGGCAAGCGUAAGAGAUCUCAGGAAGAUUCCGGCAAGGAGGCGAAGCGGCACAAAGAUGGAACGGAGGAUGGGAAGCUAAUGUCAAGACCGGCACAAGCUACUCGUCCCUUCAGUGAAGUGGCGAGAGACCAUCUCAGUGUGGCCUUGAUUGACGAACAUAACUCUAACAGCAAGCUGCUGACGGAGAGGUGGGCGCUGAUUGAGACCAAACUGUCCGAAUUGGUUAUGGCAGAGCUCAUGACUAAUCCGGGGUUCGUUCCUUCUUUCGACUGUGCAGAUAUCGUCCGUAGUCAUCGAGUGAUAAGAUGCGAGGACGAGUAUUCGCGGAGUUUUCUCAGCAAGGCGAUCACUAAGAUUAGUGAGAACUGGGACGGUUUAAAGCUCAAACUUGUCCCUGCGGCGGAAAUUCCAUCGAGGCCUCGAGCGCGCGUAUGUUUACCUAAAAAUCUAGGUCCUCCUGACCUUAUUCUGCAGCAGCUAAAGCUACAAAAUCCAGAAAUCCAGAUGGAAGCCUGGUCGGUUCUCAAGACCGAAGAACCGCAAAAACACAGCCAAUCAUACCUACUUCUAAUCAACGAAGAAUGCUUGCCAGUCAUUGAGGCUAAUGACUGCAAGCUGCGUUACGGCAUCCGGAAGGCAAAAAUUAAAAUCUUCAAAAAUGCGCCACCGGAUAAUAUUUUGGGUGAGGGCACUAGUAAGCUGCUAGAUGACCUCAUCAUCGAUAACAAAUCUUGUUGA